CCCGGCCAACAAAAUCGAAUCGUCCGUCAUUGAGCUCAACUAAAUCCGACAAGGCUCAAAUCUAUUUUCUCGGCAGAUUAUUAUAGAACGCGCUUAAUCUUACAACAAGCGAGACGGAGAAAAUGUCGAACAAUCCUUUGAUUUGCUAUUCCCUCCGUAAGCGCCCGGAUUGGGCCACCUUCGCCUCGGCGGUUCUACAGGGCAGCAACAUCAGAUGGAAAGAAGCGCAGCUCGAUACACAUGACGCGGCACUGCCCAUACCGACUUCUCACGGCCAACCUCCCAGGGUUCUACGUGCCAUUUUCCUGUCCCCAUCAGACGUCGAAACCGAUAACUGCCAGAACCGCAUUCAACGCUUAUCUCACUUGAAUGGGGGGCAGGAUAUUGUUAUCGUAUUUUUACUCAAGCAAGAAGAGGAUAAGGUGAAUCCAAUGUCGGCGUUCAUGACCCUUCAGUUAAGUCUUGGUGAUUUUGAAAUGCCUGUCAUCCCCGUCAACACCGUCGAAGCUGUACCAAAUAGCUUGGUGGCGUUCCACCGUCAGAUUAGUACCAGCAGCGGUUCACGGAGGAUGGCAAACCCAGCUCAGACGCUUCUUCCAUAUUGCUCCUAUGGGCCACGUCUAUCCGAGCAUGCAGUUAACGUCUUAACCGACAUCACCUCUGGCAUUAGAGACUUGCUUGACAUAAUGACAACGCCGGUCGGGCGGACGAAGGUACUGGACCUGCUGGAGAAUGAUUCGGAAGGCGCCAUCUCGUUCUGGGAGCAGGAAUAUGUGGUCGAAUGACUGGACACUGCAUGCCAUUGACUUCUUCAGUCAACGCCACGCAUAUAUGUUUAGAUUAGGUGCCGCGUGGCACACUCUCCGUGUUUUCAUUGGAUUUCCUUAGAAGUCUAAGCAGGACGGGUGGCUGCGCGCUUCACGAAACUCGCCGUGCCACAUUGAAAUCGUCCGCAAAGGAGCUUGUUAGGCCGCCAUUGAGCGGAAUGGCGCUACAGAAAAUUGCAGUAAGUCGCUAAUAUACCAUGAGAGGCUUGAUUGUUAAGUUCCUAGGUACUUAAGUAAAAGACACCUUCGGCCAGGGUAGGUGAUUACCAGACACGAGUAUUACUGAAAGUGCUACUGUAGUUGGAGA